ACUUUUGUGCCCGAAAAUUCCACAAACGCGUUAUCAAAAGAUUCUCUAACUCUCGAUAAGCAAUCUGCGGGUGUUAAAUAAGAAGCAAGUUAUCGAAACCCGAAGGUCCGGUUCUGUAUUUGAGGGCCGUGACCUUGACGAUUUUUGGGACUGGUUUGUUUACUUCAACGCAGGGCUGGCGGUUGCUCAAAAUCCGAAACUAUGUGAUAAUCGUACAACAAAAUAGUCGACUGGUUUCUUAGUUACGCGCUCUGUGAUGUGUUUCCCCACGGAAGACGCCCUCGAUCGUUUCGAAUCAACCGCCGCGCUGCAUUUCCCCUGGGAGUGUCGAUUGGAACGGAACCCGCUACGGAGCGAUACGUGCAUUCGUACAAGAUUCAGCCAAGUAUUAUGGAGUUCACCGUUAGCGAUACCGUUUACGGGCCCGUAAGCCUUCCCGCCUUCAUCCGGCCGGUGGCGGAAGUGGCCGAGUUCCAAAGAUUGAACCACCUGAAGCAGCUUGGUGUUGCCAGAGACGCGCGAUUUACCGGAGCCCAGCAUACUAGAUAUCAACACUCGGUCGGAGCCUGCUAUUUGGCGAACCGGUUGCUGGACUCUCUAAGCCUAACCCAUCCCGUCAGCGAAUUCGAUCGAAAGUGUGUGCUGUUGGCCGCUUUGUUGCACGAUGUUGGCCAUGGACCAUUUUCGCACAUGUGGGAGAAGUUUGUCGAAGUGUACGGCGAAUGCUGGAAGCACGAAGUAUCCUCCGUUCGAAUCGUCGAUGGAAUAUUGCGCCGGUCAACGGAUCUAUCGGAGCAGGAGAUAGCGCUGGUGUGUGGCCUUAUCAGGGGUGAUGCGUUCGGGUUGCUCAGUCCCGAUCGACGAUUCCUGAGCCAGAUUGUCAGUGGUGAUGUGGAUGUCGAUCGGUGCGACUAUCUACAGCGCGAUUCACAGCAUGUGCCCGAUAUCAUAAGCCCAUCGCGCCCGUUCCGGACAAUCUUCGAUCGUGCACGGGUGAUGCAGUUGGGCAACGAAUCCAUUUUGGCGUACGAUCUGCGAGAUUAUGCACUCAUUUACGAGAUGGCCUGUGCACGCCAAACGUUCCACAUUCGCUGCUAUCAGGACCCGAAAGUGUUGGCAGCUGAGCUAAUGAUGCUAGAUGUACUGCACGAAUCGGAGCGUGUGGGAUUUCAGUUCUCCCGUAAUGGAAUGAGUGAGCGCCUGUCGAAAGUACACAACAACCUGGACCUCUUCAAGUACUUAGAUGAUAGUAUUGUCGACGAGAUAGCCUGCAGCCAGCUUGCCGGGCUGGAGAAAGCCAAAGAGCUUAUUAAUCGUUUGCGAAACCGUAAGCUGUACCAAGAUAUUUUACUGUCGCCUGUCGAUUUGAGUGAUGAGGUCGAGGAGUUCAAUCGGACGUACGUCGAGCCGCUGGUACGGCAAACCUCUCGACACAUCCGAUCCACCAAACAGUGGUUCGAGAAGUUUAAUGUUAACUUCUACGCUUGCAACGGUACCGGCAACGGGAUGGUGAUUGUGCCGGCGGCGAAUGCUGGAGAGGUCGCCACUAUGAUCGGCAAUUGCGCAACGUUGCCGGCGAGUGCGGAAGUGAAGGAUUACAUUCUGUAUUGCACCAGCGAGGACGUGGAGGUGCAACGGGCAUGCAAACAUCAUUUUACCAACGUUUUGAAUGCCAAGAUCGAAAGCUAGUCAAUGCUGCGUGUGCGAAAGUAUCUCUAAGCCGUGUUUUGUUCUGGUUUACGGUUCAUCGAUCUUCCCAAAGGCCUUAUUUACUGUUUGAUUUAGUGAUGCACCAUGAAAUUCGUAGCAGAAUUUUGUUUAACUUAAACAUCAGGUACAACUUAUACGCAUGCACUUUUUGUAUGCACAUUUAUUCAUGCAACACCUGAUACUCGCGUGGACCAAAGACAAAUAUGUUGCCCAAACGGUUCCUAUAAUAUCCACGUCUUAAGUUUUGUGUUUUGUUAUCCGAAAAAAACCGUUGAAAUGUUCAUUAGAUAGUAAGUUUGCGUUAUCAAAUAAUUUGAGAAGGUCGUGUGAGAGGAUUCCAAAUAUGAAUUUCAAAACCGUAGUUACCUUUUCAACUCCUCACUCACCGAAGAGAACCGUGAAUUAGUACUUACGUUGUAGGGUCUUGUCUUCCUUUUGUUUCGAGAAUAAAGCGAACUUUUGUGUUUUUUUUAA